UCGCAGUGGUAAUUUGGUUCAGUCCGAUCUACUGCUCCGAUUCUCUCAUCAGUCAGUCAGUCAGUGAGCGCGAGUCUGUGUUUAUGUGAGUUCUACUAUAACAGCAUCAGCCAUCAAAACAAACAUACACUUGGGAUUUUAAUAAGAGAUAUUCAAAAUGAAGGAGCCAAUACCUGUGAGCAAAGCAUCUUGAAGAAAAAUAGGCCAGUGUGAGUGUGUGAUUGUAUUUGUGUGUGUGUGUGCGUGUGUGUGCACGCAUGUGUGUAUGUGGAUGAGCUUUCAUAGGCCAUGUCUGUCCCCGCCAAACAAGAGAGGACAGUGUGCGUCCUCCUUCCCACCAAGGAGACAUUGGACAUUACAGUGGGGCUGAAAGCAACGGGUCAGGAAGUGUUUCAACGAGUCUGCGAGCUUCUCGGGGUUAAAGAGCUGCACUACUUUGGAUUGACUUUAGUCAAAAACAAUGAGCACAUCUUUCUGGACUUGGAAGAGAAACUUGCCAAGUACUUCCCCAAGGAGUGGAAACAGGACUCAGGGAAGCAGGGGUCACAGAGGAGGUCAAUCCCUCCCCUGCUCUGUCUGAAGGUCCAGUACUAUGUGGAGAAUGGCAGACUCAUCUGUGAGCGUAAAGCGAGAAAACUCUACUACUUUGACCUGCGGGAACGAGUCCUUCGCUCAGAAUGCAGACAGCAGGAGGAAGUGUAUUUUCAGCUAGCAGGAUAUGCCCUACAGGCCGAUCACUCUGACCACCUCUCAGAGGGCCACAGUCAUGGACACGCUAUGUAUUUCCAGCCCAAAGAAUACUUUCCACCCUGGAUAAUUGCGAAGCGUGGCAUUGACUACCUGCUGUGUCAUGGGCCCAAGGUUCAUAAAGAGCUGUGGGGGAUGUCCUCUCGUGACGCUAUCCUGCUCUUCAUCAGAGAAUCCUGCCGUCUGGAGGAUGUCCCAGUCACCUUUUAUCGCCUCCAGAAGGACAAGAAAGAAGAGAAAGGUUCAGCACUCCUUGGACUGACUCUUCGAGGAAUGCAAGUGUAUCAGGAGGUGAACAAUGUGCGUGAUCUGUUGUAUGACUUCCCCUGGUUUCAUGUGGGACGACUCACCUUUCUGGGGAAGAAGUUUGAGAUCCAGCCGGAUGGUUUGCCCUCAGCGAGGAAGCUGGUGUACUACACUGGUUCGGCUUUUCGUUCUCGACAUCUUCUGCUCCAUCUGAGUUCCUGUCACAGAUUGUAUCUCAGCUUGCAACCUGCGCUCAAACACCUGCGCCAGCUAGAGGAUACAGAGGAGAAGAAAAGGUAUCGUGAAUCGUACAUCAGUGAUGAGCUAGACCUGGAUCACCCGUGCAGCGAGGGCAGUCCUCGUCUGUCUCGACACUCCACCAGCAGCUCUGGCAUAGAGGCGGACACUAGGCAACGCAGCGUCUCCGUAGAGAUGGUUUCCAUGGAGGAGAAGGAAAAGUCCUUCAUCUCUGCCGACAGUCACAGCUUCUCACACACUGCUGGGAUCGAAACAAGCUGCAAAACUCAGACUGAUGAAGACAAGUGGCAGGAGGAAGAUUUGCAGGAGAUGGUGAAGGAGCCCGGGGAGGUUUCUGUGGACGACCCUGUGGAUAUCUUGCGACUGGCUGAGCGACUGGAGGGCGUGUCCGUCGACUGUCCCGCCAUCCAAUCAGACAAUGAGUGUAAAGAUCUGCAGAUGAGUUCAGUUACAGGCAACGACCAAAUGGACCUUUGUGAUCCAGACGACAUGAAAAAGGUUUCGAAUCAGAAGGUUCGUAACCCGGUUGACCGCUACAGUCUGAGCCUGGACGAUGUGCGACUGUUUUCCCCUCUUCUCCCGCUAGGAAUGGCAUCAGUUCCAGACACCUCCGUCAGCUACGCGUUUGGGCUCCCGGACACCACAACCAGCCCAUGUCCAGACAAAUCUUCUUUCUGCGUCCAGCGCUCCACGAACUGCCUAUCUCUGGACCUGCUGGAUGAUAGCCAGCUGCUGGAGCUUGUUCUAUAAGAAACUGAGAGGACUGCAGCUUCCUGUUGUCUUCCUGUUCAUGCCAUUAAACUGGACAGCAAAAUGAAGACUAAACUGAAGUGUUAACAGGAUACAUUUUCAACAGGACUUUCAUUAAAACUCAACCAUACACUUAAAUGUGUUUCUAUGCUGUUCAACAGCAGGACAAUAUGAACAAUUGUGGGUUGUUUUACAAAAUAUACAUGUAGAAUUUUGUUGAUGAACUUUGUACAGAACUUGUUAAUGGAUAAUCUUACAAGGAGCAAGGCAUUCUUACACUAACACUGUGUUGCAUCAAGGUGUGAUGCAAAAAAAAAACAAAAAACAAAUUCACUAAUGAUAAAAUCUAUUUCUUCCAUUAAAUUCUAACUGGUCGCAACCACAAUGAGCAACAAGAAGCCCCUCCUGUAGUGAACUUUCAUUUGUCUAAAUUCUGUUCUCUAAACAUCAAAAGCUAAACAUUUUUGCUUUUAUUGUGGACACACCUUGUUAGGACACGGUGUAACAGUAAUGCUACAAAGUUUGUGGAGAAGCUUUCUCUGAAAUACAGAAUUAAUACAGACAGAAGCUGCUAGAAUAACCAGUUCUCUAAAAGGAAAUCCUAUACUCAUGCAAUUUAAAGCCACGUUCCUUUAAAGUCGGCAUGAAACGAAAGUUGCGAUAGUCUUUUCUUCCCUAUUGUGACAUAUAUAAGAGUCAAACAGCUUCUCGCAGGAAAAAAUGUAAGGCGGGAAUUUUUGUCCGUUGGGUAUUGAUUGGAUUGUUGGAUGGUUGUGGUUUGCUAUUGGUCGAUAUCAUUUGAGUGACAGGUUGCCCCGCCUUUGCGCCAGUAAACAUAAUCAGAGAAGAGAUUUUGCUGCAAGAGGGAGGGGAAGUUAUUUUGAUUGUGAGUGCACAUGAAUAAUAAUAAUAAUAAUAAUAAAAAGAUUAAUUAAAUUAAAAAAGAAUUAAAAGAUUUUGAUUUCGUGGUGACUUUAAACAAACACUUUUAACUUGGAGUUUAUCUGGCCAGAGAUUCCCUUAAUGUUGGAGAUUAUUACAGGUGCAUUAUUAAUGUUAGUAAACUCAUUCAGCCAUGUACAAUAGUGCAGUGGCAAAUAACAAAUAUGAUACAAGUGUUCACGUCCACUGCAUUUUGAGUCAUUUUCGGUCAUGAUAAUUUUGUUGCUCAUUCAAAGACACUGAACUUGCACCGCAUGUUCUCCUGUUUCAAAAACCAUUGUGUACAGACAAUACUCAUGUUCCCAAGUUACAAAGCACGUGUGAAUCCACUCAAACCAGCAAUCAGGAUUGAAAGAGAAAGUUAAAAGGUCAAACCAAAAUAUUCCAUUUGUGUUUUUUGCAAGGUCUAACCAUAGGUUUAAUAUAAUAGCAAAUAGUUAAUGUUAUUUCCUACACAAGUAAUGCAGAACUGAGAUGAACUGCUGUAUCAGUAAGAACAAAGGUUUUUUUGCUGUAUAUAGAUCAAUGUGUGUUUUGUUCAGGAUACAUGAAGCUCUUUUGAUUUUGAUAAUUACAAAAUACACAUCAAGCCCACAGAGGUUGUCUGAAUAAUGGUAGGUGUAAUUUCUUCAUCUAUGUAUUGUAAACACACAUCCUAUUAAAAACAUGUCCAUGUGUUCCUUUCAGUGAAAGGAAAAACUGAGAAUGAACAGUAUGAAUAAACUUAGCUGGAAUCUGUCAA